AUGAACCUGAACCUGACCCCGUUGAGCAAUCUCCCUCAACCUCAGACCAAGGAGACGCCACCACGAUUGUGGUACAACCCGAACCAUCUGAUCAUGAGGACUCGGAUGAUCAGGAUGAGUUUCAUGACAUUCAGCACCCAUAUCCGACACCGGACCCCGGUCCGAGGUCAAUUCCACAGCUCUUUCUUUCUCGGCAGAGAAGAAAACUUCACAGACGACACCUUCCUCCCGAACCUACGACAGAGGAACCUUCAGAGCGGUCCCAGAGACCAGGUCACGGGCAAGCUUUUGCCACUUACCUGGGUCUUUAAGUAUAAGUUCGACAAGCAUGGCUUUCUUACAAAGUUCAAAGCCCGUCUUUGUGUUCGAGGAGAUCUUCAACAGCUGGGUGACAAGGACACCUAUGCAGCAACCCUUGCAGGACGUUCUUUCCGGAUUCUCAUGGCCAUCACCGCCAAAUUCGACCUUGAGACCCGACAGCUCGACGCAGUUAAUGCCUUCACAAACGCCCUCUUAGAAGACGACGAGGAGGUCUAUAAGGAACUCACUGCUGCAUUCAGAGAGCUUGGUCUUACACAGUGUCCCGACGAACCCUGCAUCUUCCAGAACGACUGGCUCACUGUUUUCUUCUUCGUUGACGAUAUUGUUUUCCUCUAUCGCAAGGAAAACGAGGACGCAGCUGAUGAGAUGGUUGCAGCCCUCAAGAGGAAGUACGCGAUGACAGACCAAGGGAAUUACAAUGGUUCCUUGCUAUCACCCGCUCGGACAUAG